AUUCAGGUGUAAAAUUCUGAUUUGGAGCACAAUAACAAAAUAAAGUAAAAAUAUUAAAAAAAAACGAUAAAAUUUUAAGCACCAGGUUUAAUUAAAUAAUUUUGAAACAUAAAAUAAAUAUAGGUAAUUCUUUAAAAAUGAUUAAAUCUUUAUUGUACUCGUGGGCAACAAUUGUCGUUGUAUCUGGAGAUAAACUGUUCAAAAAUUAUGCAAAACAUGGUGAAUGCGGAAGAUCACCACCGAGUAUAUCAUUAAGAAUUGUGGGUGGCGAACAAGCCAAAAAAACAGAAUUUCCAUGGAUGGUAUCGCUGACCAAGAGAGGGGGACAUUUUUGUGGAGGAGCGAUAAUCUCUGAAAAACUAGUAGUGACCGCUGCGCAUUGUCUUUGCACUGGUUUAGGCGACGAUGACUUCUUUCCAGCAAAAAGUAUCAAAAUUACUUUAGGUCAACACGAUCUUACAGACAAAAACAGUAACGCUUACAAUGUCCAAGUAAAAACUAUAAUUGUUCACCACGGUUAUGUAUGUAAAGUAGCAAAAGAUGACAUCGCUUUACUGGAACUAGAAAAGGAAGUAAAAUGGUCCAAUCACGUUGCACCUGCUUGUGUUGCUGCAGUGAAAAAUCAGAACGAAUUUGAUCACUCUCAUGCUACUGUAGCUGGAUGGGGUUGGAAUGCUGAAGAUCUUGCCAUAGGACGACGUUCUGAUAGCUUACAAAAGGCUAAACUACGGAUGAUAAAUUUAGAUGAAUGCAGGCAAUGGUACAGAGAACAGAAUAAACAUUUGGACAUUUUAGAUAGUCACUUAUGUGCUGGUUAUAAAAAUGGUGGAAUUGAUGCGUGUUGGGCCGACAGUGGUGGACCGUUGAUGAAGAAAAUACAUAAUACUGACCAAAUAAUGGUUAUUGGUGUUGUGUCUACCGGAAGAGGCUGUGGUAGACCUAAUUUACCAGGAAUUUAUACAAGACUGUCCGAUUACAUUCCUUGGAUGGACCACAUCAUCGAUGGGAUGAAAAGGAUGCACAGAAAUUCCAAAAAAUUAUGAUAAACAAAGAAAUAGUUGUUUAUUUAAGAUUAAUAUAUUUG